UGUCUAGGCAUAGAAAACGGAGACGGAGAGGAGGGAGAGAGGGAAAGAAAGGGGAGCGGGGGAGAGAGAGCGAGAGAGCUGUGUGCCUCUUUCACCAUUAAUCCUCUCCAUCCUUUACGCUUCAGUCUGCCUCUUCUCUCGGAGGGAAAUAAAAGCACGUUUCUGCGUCUCUUGAGCGUUUUCCCCACCUCUCCUCUGUGACAAUAGAGCGCCAUCAUUUUUUAUUUUUUUUUGCAAUCCCAAAAGGGCACGCGCGAGCGAGCGCGGCUGGCUCCGGCGACGAAAUGCCAUAAGAAGUUGGCCAGUGCACGCUUUUUAUUAUUUUUUUUACGAGUAUGUAGGCAGUCCAGUGCCGCAUCGAGGAGAUUCAGGGGCGGAGGGAGCAUCGCUGCCACACAGGAGAAGCUGGCAACUCGCGAUCACGCCGACCAAACCAGUCGCCGAUGCACCGGAGCACUCCUAAUCGAGCUGGGGACAACAUAUGGGAAUACAACUAGCAGAGCUCGCUGGCUCGGGUGAACCGUGAGGGACCCGUGACGCGAGAAUCUUUGCACCCAAGACAGAAAGAGAGCGACAGCAUCCUCGCCUUUACCCCUCCGAGCGCCCAUCUGACACCAGCGGCAGCAUCUCAUUGACAUAAAAACAGAAAAUAAAAAGACUCCAGAGAGCUUCUGCGGCUGAUAGUGGCAACACACAUCCAAACAACACCUCGUGUAUCACACUUUAUGGACGACGUGUCAACAGGAGCUGGAGAAGACACAGCUGGCACACUUUAAAGAAUCGCUUGUGGGGAGUAGCACUGGGUGGCAAAUGUAGAGCAAAUGGCACCGAAAGAAAGGUCACUGGAUUCCACCUCACUGCAGCAGUUUGAGGCUUAAAAAAAAAGACCACAACAUCAACAAUCCCUUUACUCACCGUCAUGGCAACUUUUGGUGUCGUUAAAUUGGAGGCAGGACUGCCAUUGCUUUUUCUUUGUUUGACAAUAGCUGUGUGUGUGCUUGAGUUCACCGCGGCCGCAAUACAAGGAUACAUUGGCGAAAAAGACGCCAUUUGCCCAUCUGUGUGUAGAUGCGAUGAAGACUUUAUCUACUGCAAUGAUCGUGGCCUGAGCUCCAUCCCCUCACUGCCUGCUUCCGCAUCGGUCCUUUACCUUCAAAACAACCAGAUAAAUAACCCAGGCCUUCCGACUUCCCUGGAACGCCAGCUCACUGUACGUGUCGUCUACCUCUAUGAUAACGAACUGGAUGAAUUCCCCGUGCACUUGCCACCAUCUGUCCGUGAGCUGCAUUUGCAAGACAAUAACAUCCGCACCAUUCCUCGUACUGCUCUGGCACGGAUGCCUCUUCUGGAGAAGCUGCACUUGGACGACAACUCUAUUUCCACCGUCAGCAUUGAGGAUCAGGCUUUUGCCGACAACCCGCGAUUGCGCCUGCUUUUCCUUUCCCGGAAUCACCUAUCCAGCAUUCCCUCAGGUUUGCCUGCCUCGCUGGAAGAACUCCGUCUGGACGACAACCGGAUCUCCACCAUCCCGACACAUGCCUUCCGUGGUCUCAGCUCACUGAGAUGUCUUGUUUUGGAUGGGAAUCUUUUGGCAAAUCAGCGCAUCGCCGAUGACACAUUCUCACGUCUCUCCAACCUGACAGAGUUGUCCUUGGUCCGUAAUUCCCUCCAGACCCCGCCUGUCAACCUUCCUAAAGACCAUCUUCAGCGCCUCUCGCUGCAGGAGAAUGCCCUGAUUCACAUGCCCCGAGGUUCUUUGGAUGGCAUGCGCAGGCUACAAAGACUGGACCUCUCUGGAAAUAACCUAACGACUCUGCCGCGGGGACUGUUCAAAGACCUGGAUAAUUUAGGUCAACUCCUGGUGCGAGGUAAUCCUUGGCACUGUGGCUGUAACCUACGUUGGCUAUAUGAUUGGUUACAUGCCCGUGGGAACUCAAUCACAGUGAGAGGUCUCACUUGCCAUGGGCCUGAAAGGGUUCGUGAAAUGGCCUUGAAAGAUCUGGCUACUGAGAUGGAGGAAUGUGAAGUGGUGAGGUCAACUGGGACUAAAGACAGAGCAGGUCUCGGUGUAGGAGAGGUUUCUACCACCAACACACCUCCCCAGGGGUCCCUCUUCACCCUCCGGUCAAAGCGACCUGGUUUGGGACUUCCUGACUCUGGCUUGGACUACACUCUCAGCAGCAGUGGUGUCGGAAAGAGUUUGGCUCUCAAUGUUAAGCCCCUCUCUCAUAAUAGUGUCCGUGUUACCUGGAGUGUAGCACAACCAAGUUCGUCCUUCAGGCUCAGUUGGCUCCGACUAGGUAUCGGUAAUGCCAUGGGCUCAAUCACCGAGACGUUGGUCCGGGGCGAUCGCCGGGAAUAUCUGCUGACCUCCUUGCAACCACGCUCGAGCUACAUCAUCUGCAUGGUGCCCAUGCCUGCCAGUUCGGAGAAUAAAGAGGGGAUUCCAGGAGAAGCUGACGCCGAUGAAGCUCAGGUAUGCGCAAAAGCUGAAACGUCUGAUCCGAGUCCAUUGGAGGAAGACGAAGAUGAUAAUUCGCUGCCUUUGACUGUGCUGCCUCUGACGGGGAUUAUUGGUGGAGCGACUGCAAUUGUAUCUUUGGCACUUAUUUUUGCCAUCUUUUGCUGGUAUGGCCACAGGAGUGGUCACUUGUGUUCCCGAGACCAUUACACUCGUAAAAGCUCCCGCAAAAGCAAGAAUUACGAUGACUACAUUGAGUCAGGAACCAAGAAGGACAAUACCAUAUUAGAGAUCCGCGGUCCCGGGUUACAGAUGACACCAAUGGCGGCUUGCAAGCCAAUGCAGCCCAAACCCCUACAAGAGGAUUACAUCAUUCAUACCAUAUUCCCAUCGAAUGGCACUGGCCUCUACAAAGGUGCCAAUCACAUGUCCAAUGCAAGGCACAGCACCAACAGGGGUUAUAGAGAAGGAGGAAUCCCAGAUAUAGACUACAGUUACACAUGAUGUACUUCACCAGAUCCUGACCACAGAAUCAUUGGCAAACUCUCUCAGAUGCACAAUAUUCCUCCACAUGACAACUUCAGAAGCACCCUUCUGUGCCUUUGACUUCUGGUCUCCCAUUCCAUAUUACCUGUGGUUUUCUGCACUAGGAAAUACAGUAUAGGAUUAUCCGGACCUGAAACUGUGCGAGAACAAUUCACUGCAGAGAGCAGACAUAAUAUCCUUUGUGUAACACAGUGGACCAUUUCUUGACAUCAUAGUAAUGGCCCAUGUAUGUUUUAAUUGUGUAUGCUCCCUCUCUGUGACAUGUAAGCAAAGAAUGUAUCACACCGUGGAAAGAUUGGGAUGAUAGUGGAGACUGACUUAUUCGUUUCUCAAACAGCAGCCGCUAUCCAAAUGGAAGUUAUGUUCAACAGACAUUUCCCAUUCUCAACUCCUUUUCGUGCAUCAGUUACAGUUAUAAGAUUUGAUCAAAUCAUUGUUCCAAAAGCCUCAAUUCUAUCGUUGUGCCCGACCAGCUAUCCAGUGAAAGGGCUUUGUAAAGCUGUGAAUUGUUCUAUUUCAAAAAAAGAAAGAAAAAAGAAAGAACCACUUGUCUUAAAGUUAAUCUUGUCAUUACCUUGUUCAGUUUUGGGUAGGUUGGAGAUCUUUCUGUCACUGGUCAACCUUGGUGAAAUCGCAGAUCAUUCAUAAUUAAGCGUCACUGUCUUGCACGAAUGUCAUGGGAUGACACAUUAGUGUGUAGAUAAUUACAUUUGGUAUUGAUUGGCUUGUGUGUUCUUUGUUUCUAAACUCUUGAUUUUUCGAUAUGCCAUGUUGCAUAGCUUCUUAUUCAUGUUUUUUUUGUGUGUGUGUUUUCACUGAAAUGUUUUUUUAACUGUACACCCUCACAUUUGUCACUAUCUAUGAAAACCACUUUUGAGAAAGUGAAUUAUUUUAUCUAAAGAGAAACACAAGUCUCUGGGUUUCUACAGUAUAGUGUAUGUAAUUUUUACACCUCCAAUGCAUCAACUUCAAUUAGGCAUUUGGGGAAUUCUGCUGAUUACACUUCACCUGUAGACAUCCAUAUUCUGAAAGUAACAAAUUUACUUCGGGGGGCUUCUCAUAAGCUUCCUGUAUGAGACAAAUCGCUGGGGGUUGGGGGAGGGGUGAGGCAUGGCAUUGGAUUUACAGCCACGAGCAAGCAAGUGGAUAGACGGGUGGAGUCGUUCAAAGAGGGUGUGAUAAGCAAGGUUUAUUGGUGUUUGUUUUUGGGAGGGUAAAAGACUCGUUUUGACAUUUUUAUGACCGAGUGGCACUUAAAAUGUAUUAGCACUUAGGAAAGAAGGGGAAUAAAUGUAAUGAGAGAUACGAUAGCGGGUAAAGUUACUUCUCCAGGCACUGACAAAGACACAAAAUUGAUAGCUUUGUCAUGAUGAAGUUCACCCAUGCAUCAAUAUGUUUGUCAUUCACAAAUUGCUGUGAAUUGGGCCUCGGGCUUAAUGUUGUUUACUACCAUGUUACUUUCCAAGGGGAAACCAAUUGUGCUUCCUUGAUUGUUUGUCUACCACAGCUUUACUGUGGACUCCGACAACAUGUCAGAGCAAUUUAUCAUACUAUUUGCACCCAAAAGCUAGAAAUAGCAAUUCACUGGCCUGGAUCGUUCUACUGAAAAAAAAUGUUGAUAUUCCUUCAUUUCGAAAUGAGAAAUGUGCUUACUAAUGGAUUUGCUAUUUAGCGGGGGCUGCCAUUGAUUCAGUCUGAAAUUGUUUAUGGUGUAAAGAAGAAAAACGCCACAGGGUGUUUCAGCUACAUUCACACGAUAGGGCAACUCUUCCGAUGGCUGUAUUUGUCAAUAUGAAAAAGAGAGUUAUUGAAAAACAUGUACAGAAGAUUCAGAGGGAGAGAUUCUAUCAUGCCAUUGAAUAGAUUAAAAAAUAACGAUUGAUUACCUCCAAGAGUUGAUCAAAGAAAUGCCCAUCCCUAAUACAUACCUUUGCAUCAUUUGUAUAAAUAUAACCAUACCUACGGUCACACCAUUUUUUUCUCAAUUUGUAGAAGGUAAAGGGUGCCAUAAAUUUGCAUAAAAUGUCGAUGUGAAAUCAAAUGGAUUUGUGUGACAGCAGAUGGUAUCAAUAAAGGUUUUCUAAUCUUUU